AUGCUACUAGUGGUUUUCGGGAUUGGGGCGAAUUGCCAAGUCUCGCUUUCGAACAAUCAAAAUGUGUCUGCAGCCCCAAAAGGUAGUUAUACCUCGGUCGGAUUUGGUUUCGCCGUUGGCAUUAGUCUCGGUGUGUGGGUCAGUGUAAGCAGGUCUGGGCGUCGUAUUAAUCCAGCGAUAAGGCGAGACAUCAAAUUCACAUUCUAA